AUGGAUUCGCCAGAAAACAAAGAGCGAGCUGGCCGACCAUCACUAGUUGAUCCCGAAGUUUUGAUUGAAGCAGUUGAAAAAGAUCGGCGUCAACCUUUGAGAGAGAUCGCCAAGAAUGUCGUAUGUCAAGGCGAGUACGAUAUGAGACAGUGCAGAAGUAAGCGUCGUAGCUUUCCUGAUCACGACAGCGCUGGUACACUCGAGGUUGGGAGUGCUCAAGACUCUCUGCCGAGCGUGGAUGUCGACCGGGAGUCGACGGUGGACGGGCAUGCUAGGAAGGCCAGACUUGAGACCAGAAGAAGAAAGCGAAAUCGAGAAGCGAAUAACUUAGGGGAAGGG